AUGUCAUCCAGCUACUGGGAGUCUACCCAGCGGAAGUUCUGGACGUUUACGAAGCAAGACCUAGCGCUAGAGCGAAAGCGAAUGGAAGACGCAGAGAGAAAUCUCGUUAACCUGUAUCCCCUUCCGGACCGGAGACAUCUGAGCAUCUACUUCUCUCACCAACUGUCGAAGAUGGCGAGGCCUCUAGGUGUCCGGCAGCAGGCCUUGGCUACUGCACAGGUCUAUGUACGGCGUUUCUACACCAAAGUUGAGAUACGGCGGACGAACCCGGCGCUUGUGCUGGCAACAGCCUUGUACCUGGCCUGCAAGAUGGAGGAAUGUCCACAGCACAUCAGGAUGGUGCUGGCAGAAGCGCGGCACUGCUGGGAUACUUCGUUCAACGAUAUAUCUAAAAUUGGCGAGUGCGAGUUCUCGCUGAUAUCAGAGAUGAACUCGCAGCUGAUCCUCCACCACCCGUACCGCAGCCUCGCGGAACUGCAAACUCAAUUCCAACUGACACAGGAAGAGAAUGCGCUUGCAUGGUCAAUCAUUAACGACCACUAUCUCACCGACCUGCCUCUCCUGCAUGCACCGCACGUGAUUGCCAUUACGGCAAUGUUCCUAGCAGUCGUGUUGAAACCGAUCGGCUCGCAGGUUAAUGCAGUGGGGAUGAACAACGCACUUCAAACACUGGGCAACGCCCGAGGCGGGCAAGGAAUGCAGGCGCGGAUACAAAAGUUGGUGGACUGGCUUGCUGAGAGCAAUGUGGACAUUGAAGCUGUUGUCGAAUGCACGCAAGAGCUGAUUUCGCUGUAUGAAGUGUGGGAGUCGUAUACGGACAAGACGUGCAAAGAUCAGAUUGCCAAGUUUGUCAAGGCUAGAGGGCUGGACAAGUAAAGCAGGGAUUUACGGGUGUGCUCGGUCGGGUUCUAGAAGUCGAGUGUUUGGGACAGGUGCGGAUUAUGCCUUGAACGGAAACAUGGCGAGUGGAUGGAUGGAUGGAUAGAUAGAUGGUGGGGGGAGGUUUGAUGUUCCGCAGGCCAUGGCAUGGAGAGUAACACAGUGUGCACGAGUCGCGCGACACGCAACAUGGAACAUUUUGAUAGACGGGAUAGUUUCUGGUGGCUUUGUGUAUACAGCAUGGCGUCAACGGCCGAGCCU